AGUUUCAAACUCUCCCUCUCUCCUCUCUCUCACUCUCUCACGCUUGUUUGUUUCCCGAGAAAACCGAAGAGAAAAAAGUUGGACAAGAAAAUCUUCCAACAACCACCACGACUGCAACAGCCAGCUUCUCUCAGACGCUUUCUGUCUCAUAAUAUAUAACUGUAUUGCUGUUUCGUGCGGACAUUGGAGUCGAUACAUUUGCAGCGCUCGAGUCGACGAAGAUGAAUGCGGUGGGGAGACAGAUGUCGCGAUCUAGUUCGUCAAUGCACCACCACCGUCGUCAGUACUCAGACCAUUUCACGGACGCGCCGUCCAAGUGGCUGCAGUCCACCAGUCUCUCACAGGACUUCGAGCUGUACGGGACGAGAAUGAGCAGGCAGAGUUAUAGAAACGGCAAUGAGCGAUCGCCACCGGACGCUUCGACGCCGCCGCCGAUUCCGUUGCGCUCGUCGAGCAUGAGAAGGAACGGCGACGAUCGAGUUUCGCCGAGUGAGCUCAGCCCUGGCUUGCUUGAUAUUAAUUCAUUUGACACUGAGCUAUUACCUGAGGCUACGAGCAGAUCACGAAUUUUGCCUGAGAAUAGUCUUCUCAAGAGUUUCUCAGCAGAUAAAGAAAGGGGCAAUACUAGUAAUGUUGCUAAAAUCAAAGUUGUGGUACGCAAGAGACCACUAAAUAAAAAGGAAUUUGCGAAGAAAGAGGAAGACAUUAUCACAAUCGAACCUCAUUCUAACGCUCUCACGGUUCAUGAAACCAAGCUUAAGGUUGACUUAACAGGAUAUGUUGAGAAACACGAAUUUGUUUUUGAUGCUGUGUUGAACGAAGAUGUUUCAAAUGAUGAGGUAUACUUUGAAACGGUGGAGCCAAUAGUUCCAUUGAUUUUCCAGCGAACAAAAGCGACUUGCUUUGCAUAUGGGCAAACAGGCAGUGGGAAGACUUAUACUAUGCAACCACUGCCCCUUAAAGCAUCCCAAGAUAUUCUAAGAUUAACGCUUGAUACAUACCGAAACCAAGGUUUUCAGUUAUUCGUUAGUUUCUUCGAGAUAUAUGGUGGGAAACUUUUUGAUCUCCUAAAUGAUCGAAAAAAGCUUUGCAUGAGGGAAGAUGGUAAGCAGCAAGUGUGCAUCGUCGGUUUGCAAGAGUACAGGGUGUCAAAUGUGGAGACGGUCAGGGAGUUUAUUGAGAAAGGAAAUUCCACAAGAAGUACUGGUACUACCGGUGCGAAUGAGGAGUCUUCCCGAUCACAUGCUAUACUUCAGCUUUGUGUAAAGAGAUCAGCUGAUGGAACUGAAACAAAGCCCGCCCGGCUUGUAGGCAAGCUAUCUUUCAUAGACCUGGCUGGAAGUGAACGCGGUGCAGAUACUACAGAUAAUGAUAAACAGACAAGAAUGGAAGGUGCUGAAAUUAAUAAAAGCUUACUUGCCUUAAAAGAAUGCAUCAGAGCUCUCGACAGUGACCAAGGCCACAUUCCUUUCAGAGGGAGUAAGUUGACUGAAGUUCUUAGAGAUUCAUUUGUCGGUGAUUCACGCACCGUUAUGAUAUCAUGCAUUUCACCAAGCUCGGGAUCAUGUGAGCACACUCUCAACACACUAAGAUAUGCUGACAGGGUGAAGAGUUUAUCAAAAGGGGGCGGCUCCAAAAGGCAUCAAUUGACUUCGUUGUCAAACCUUAGAGACUCAACCACAAUGCCCUUGUCUUCGUCUUUGCCAAAUGACACAACCUUUGAAGAUGACAUGACUUAUGUCCCUACUGAACAGAGCAGCUUUGGUUGGUCCAAACAGAUUACUGAGAGAGAACCCUCUGCAAAAAUGAACGCAGAUCGUAUACCUAGCGGGAGGGCGGAAGGAAAUUUUUCUACAUCUGUAUCAAAUUAUUACAAGGCUCCAAUAGGUGGUAGAAAUGGCAUAGGCAAAGAUGAUUUUGACUACCCCGAGCAGACCUAUGAACAAGCAAAACCAUCACGGGGAAAUAGUAAGAAGGUAGAAACCUACCAACAAUCAGCUCUCGAAGAAAAGCGAAAGAUUGGUAGUCAGAUGAAAUGGACAGAUAUACCUGAUAUUGAGGCUAUGAACUCUCAUUCUGAAGAUGAUCUUAAUGCUGUUUUACAGGAGGAAGAAGACCUUGUAACUGCUCACCGAAGACAAGUAGAGCAUACGAUAGACAUUGUUAGGGAGGAGAUGAAUCUGCUGGUUCAAGCUGAUCAACCAGGCAACCCGAUUGAUGAUUAUAUAUGCAAAUUGAAUGCCAUACUUUCUCAGAAGGCUGCAGGAAUUCUUCAACUGCAGGCUCAGUUGGCUCAAUUCCAGCGGCAUCUGAAUGAUCACAGCGUUUUAGUAUCUUCUUCUUCUUCGUCAAGUAACUAAUACAAUUUGGGAGUUGGGUAUGAUGAUUCUUUCUCUUCUUGUGCGAGGUUUGGUUUCGGCCCUUGUUUAUUUAUUUAUUUGUUCCGACUAUCUAGCGUUGUUGGCUCUUCAUAACAGUUCCGCGGCAGUGUGUGAUUACAGAAAAAGCUUUUGCUUGAGUUGCUUAAAUUUCUCUAAAUAUAUGAAAACCAGAUACCCGAAAACAGCUUGUUUCGGGUAGGUGGUUGGUUCUUGGUUCUUUUCGUCUUAACAGUAUUUAAAAUCGUUUGAAAUUGUGAUCAUUGAGGAAUGAGAGAGAUACAUGAAAUCAUAUGCAUGUUUUGUAAAGAUUUAUGGCAGUGUAAUUUAUCAAACUAAAUUAUGAAAACCCUGAAUUCUGAGUUGCUCUA